AAUAGCAGAGGGGGGGAAAAAAAGUAAAAGUUCGCAGCACCUUGGCACUUGUAACGAAGUGGCAAGAAAUGGGUUAUAAAAGGAAAAAAUUGACCCAUGUCCACAGCAGGAAAUCUGCGAAAAGGGUGAAGAAAAGUUGUGAAAAGCCAGCAGGGAACCCGAAAAAUAUUCCUCCUGAUCCCUUUCCUGCAGAAAAGCAUCCUGUUUCAGCAUCACUGCUGCCAUCAUCAUCAUCAUCUUCUGAGGAUGAAGAGGAAGAUCCAUUCAUGAAGCUUGUACAAGAUUUAGUAAAAGACACCAAAAGAGCACAUUCUGAUGGGGAAACUGAAGAGGAUUCAGAGCCAGAGGAUGAAGAAGCAGAAGAGCAUGAUGAUAGUGGAGAGGCAGAGGAGGAUGCAGAUGAAGAAUCUGGUAGUGAUGUGGUAGGAGAAGAGGAGGAAGUUGGUAGUGAUGUGGUAGAUGAGGAAGAAGAGGAUGAAGAAGUUGGUAGUGAUGUGGCAGAUGAGGAUGAAGAAGCUGGUAGUGAUGUGGCAGAUGAGGAAGAAGAGGAGGAGGAAGCUGGUAGUGAUGUGGCUGAUGAAGAAGGGGAGGAGGAAGAGGCUGGAAGUGAUGUAGCAGGGGAGGAGGAAGCUGGUAGUGAUGUGGUAGGAGAGGAGGAGGAAGUUGGUAGUGAUGUGGCAGAUGAGGAAGAAGAGGAUGAAGAAGUUGGUAGUGAUGUGGCAGAUGAGGAAGAAGGGGAGGAGGGAGAGGCUGGUAGUGAUGAGGAGGAAGAAGCUGGAAGUGAUGUAGCAGAUGAGGAAGAGGCUGGUAGUGAUGUGGCUGAUGAGGAGGAAGAGGCUGGUAGUGAUGUGGCUGAUGAGGAGGAAGAGGCUGGUAGUGAUGUGGCUGAUGAGGAGGAAGAGGCUGGUAGUGAUGUGGCUGAUGAGGAGGAAGAGGCUGGUAGUGAUGUGGCAGAUGAGGAAGAAGCUGGAAGUGAUGUAGCAGAUGAGGAAGAGGCUGGUAGUGAUGUGGCUGAUGAGGAGGAAGAGGCUAGUGGUGAUACAGCAGAGGAGGAAGAAGCUGGUAGUGAUGUGGCAGAUGAGGAAGAAGAGGCUGGUGGUGAUACAGCAGAUGAGGAAGCUGGUAGUGUUGAGGGAGAUGAGGACGGGGAAGUGGAGGAAGAAGCUGGCAGUGUUGAGGCAGAUGGGGAGGAGGAGGAAAACGAUGACAGUGGUGCAGAAGAGGAUGAAAAUGACACAGAUGUAAAUAGUGAUGAUGCUGAUGAUGAUGUCUUGGCCGAAAGUGAUGGCAGCGAUGACUCCUGUGCAUCAGAAAAUGAUUCUGACUGUGAUGACCCGGCUAACAAUUUGGAAGACCCAGCCAUGCCUGACGUGACCCCAGGUGGGAAAGAUCCAUUUAUUGUUCACUUUGAACAGUUAAUACCAGAGUCCUCUGUUAAAAAAUUAGAAGCUGGUGAAGGUUGGCAGAAGAAGACUGUACGGACUGACAUAGGGAAAUGUUUACAUGUUUGGAAUUGUGAUAAUUUAAAGGCUAAUGUCCCAAAACCUUCCAAAGUAUCGUUUGAUGAUCUACAUAUAAAGAAGCGCAUUCCUAUUGAAAAUCUAAAGUCUUUGGUCACUGAUGAUGAAAAAGGUGUCUAUUCUGCAAGUCAAGUUGAAUUAUUUCUCAGAAUGUAUUCUUAUCAAGAUAUUUAUUACUCAGAGAAAACUUAUAAAAACCAAAAACCUAUUGAAAUGGCCUACUGUCUUCACGUUUUGAACCAUACUUUGAAGAGUCGGCUAAAAGUAACAGCUAAUAAUUUAAAACAAAAAGCUGCUGCAUGUCGGGAUGGAACAGAGGAAUACCCUGACCAAGGAAUAACUCGGCCCAAAGUAUUGAUUAUUGUUCCGUUUCGUGAGACAGCUCGCCGAAUUGUAUCAAACUUCAUCAAAAUCUUAACAAGUGACAAAUCACAAACGGACAAUAAAAAGAGAUUUUUUUCCGAAUAUUCUUCACAAGAUGUUAAUAACUUUUCUAAUAAACCAGAAGAUUAUGUGGCAACAUUUGCAGGAAAUAUUGAUGAUCAUUUCAAAAUUGGUUUAGGCAUAUCUCAAAAAAAACUGCAGAUUUACACCAAAUUCUACUCCUCUGAUAUUAUCAUUGGUUCCCCUCUCGGUCUGCGCAGUGUCAUCGGUGAAACCCAAUCAAAGAAAGAAUUUGAUUUUCUGUCAUCUAUUGAAAUAUUAAUCCUUGACCAAACUGAUAUAUUCCUGAUGCAAAACUGGGAACAUAUAUUGUAUAUUAUGGAUCAUUUACAUCUCCAACCAAAAGAUUCCCAUGGCUGUGAUUUUUCCAGAGUGAGAGCUUGGGCCCUCAACAGUUGGAACAAAUAUUAUCGACAGACUUUGGUUUUGAGUAGUCUCAGUUCUCCACUAAUCAACGUACUCUUUAAUAAAUACUCUCUCAACUAUGCUGGUAAGUUAAUGUUAUGUCCUGGAAUGACUGAUGGAUCCAUCUGCCAAGUAGCUCUUCAGAUUCCAAUGAUAUUCCAUCGUAUUGAGUGUUCAAGCUACAGUCAAUCGGUUGACGUUCGCUUUAAUACAUUCAUAAAAAAGAUUUUACCAAAGUAUCGAGGCGUCUCCAACAUGAACAGCACCAUGAUCUUCAUUCCAUCUUAUUUUGACUUUGUCAGAAUCAGAAAUUAUUUCAUCAAAAAUGAAAUUGAUUUUCUCCAGAUCAGUGAAUAUUCCAAACGUAAAGAUAUUGCUGGUACAAGGAGUCGGUUCUUUCUUGGGAAAACAAAUUUUUUGCUUUACACAGAAAGGCACCAUUUCUAUUUUAGAACAAGAUUACGAGGCAUUCGUCACAUUAUAUUCUAUGAACUGCCAUUGUAUCCGCACUUCUUCAGUGAAAUUUGUAACCUGAUAAAUGAUGUGAAACUUAAGAACUUACCAAAAGAUGAUGCAACAGGGAGUAUCCUCUACAGCAAGUAUGAUGUACAAAGGCUGGCGGCCGUGGUUGGAACCAACAGAAGCUCUUUGAUGAUACACUCACCUAAGCCAGUACACAUGUUUGUAACUGAACCUUAAUUAAACAUGGCUUGUUAAUUAAGACUAUUAAGAAGUUCAAAAGACAAAAACAAAAAAAAAGAUAAAAUAUAUUUUUCAAAUACA